AUGGCUCCUGCCGGGACCAGGGGCGCCCGCGCGGCUGCGCCGGCGGCGGUGCUCCUCGUGGCGGCGCUGCUGGUGGCGCUGGCGCUGGCGCCGCGGGGCACGAGCGCGGCGCUGACGUGCUCCACGGUGUACAACGAGCUGAUGCCGUGCCUCGGGUACGUGCAGUCGGGCGGGGCGGUGCCGCGGGCGUGCUGCUCGGGGAUCAAGACGCUCGUGUCCAGGGCGCGCGCCACGCCCGACCGCCGCGCCGCCUGCGCCUGCCUCAAGACCGUGGCCGCCGCCGCGGCGGGCGGGCCGUACCUCGGCCGCGCCGCGGGGCUGCCCGGCAGGUGCGGCGUCCAGCCGCCCUUCAAGAUCGACCCCAACGUCAACUGCAACGCGGUAUAA